CCCAUCCCAUUCAAUGGAUCCCAACCCCUCCAAAUUCCCCAUGCUUUCAUACGUCAUGUCCCGCCUCCCCUCCUUGGGUCCCGGGCCCUCAAAACCCGCCCCCGCCACUCCUCCUGACCUCUGUGAAAUCCGCAUCGACGCCCAGCCGUCCGACCAGCCCCCCAUCCUUAACCAGAUGCCCCACCUCUCCGACCCCAAAGUCCUCGCCGCCAUGCAACGCGCCGUCUCCGACGUCUCCCAGACCCGUUCCGUCCUCAAAAUCCUCGGCGACCGACCCGACCACGAGCUCGUCGACACCGCCAAGGCCAGGCUCGCCGAAAUCGACUCCGUUUUGGCCAAGAAACUAGAGGAGCUCGUGCUCUCCCCCCGCCCUCCCGACUUUGACAGGCUCCAGUGGCGGGUUCACCUGGCCGACAAAGAGGCUCAGUUCCGCGAGCAGGCGGACAAGGACAAGCAAGGUUACAAGGCUAUUGUGCAGCUCGAUGAGUUGCACUCCGCCUACGACAAGCUUCUCAAGGACGCCGAGCAGAGGCUAGUCAAGAUUUACGAGUCGGCCAUGGCCGGGGUCGUGGAAAUUCAGGAGGAGGAGCCGGGCGGCGAUGAGGGUUUGACCAACGGCCAAGUCCCCGAGGAGGUGGCUGGGAUCCUGCAGGAGGCCUCCGGGACCACUCUGGAUCGGGUCAACCUCUCGGGUCGGCAGUUACAGUUCUUGCCCGAGGCCUUCGGCUCCAUUCGCGGUUUGCUCCUGCUGGAUCUUUCCAGAAAUGAACUCAAGGUUCUUCCUGAGUCAAUAGGUGGAUUAGAGAAACUGGAAGAGCUAAACGUGUCUUCAAAUUUCUUGGAGUCAUUGCCGGAAUCAAUUGGGAGGUUGCAAAAUUUGAAGGUUCUGAAUGCUACUGGGAACAAGCUAAGUGCCCUUCCCGACUCUAUCUGUCAAUGCAGGUCAUUGGUGGAGUUGGACGUGAGCUUCAACGGCCUCACGUACCUGCCAACCAACAUUGGUUAUGAGUUGGCCAAUCUACAGAAGCUUUCUAUCCAGUUAAACAAGAUUCGGUCCCUUCCUACCUCUGUUUGUGAGCUGAGGUCUUUGCGCUGCUUGGAUGCUCACUUCAAUGAGCUCCGCGGCCUUCCUCUAGACUUUGGUCGGUUGACCAAUCUCGAAAUCCUCAGUCUCGCCAGUAAUUUUACCGAUCUAACUGAGCUCCCGGAGACCUUUGGUGAUUUAACCAACCUCAAGGAACUCGAUAUCAGCAACAAUCAGAUUCAUGCUCUUCCAGAUACCUUUGGCCGCCUUGAGAACUUGACCAAACUUAACGUGGACGGGAACCCUCUUGUGAUUCCACCCCCGGACAUAGUUCAACAAGGUGUGGAAGCUAUCAAGAUCUUCAUGUCCAAGAGAUGGUUGGAGAUACUGGUGGAAGAAGAAAGGAAAAGCAUGCUUCAGGUUCAAGAACGAGAAGAAGCAGGAUGGUUGACACGCAGCACUUCGUGGUUGAAGGAUUACGUGUCGGGUGUUUCCGAGUAUCUGGGAUCUCCAAGAACUCCUAGAGAUCCUGAUCUUGACCAGCAGCUAUGAUUUCAUGCAAUGCCUCUUUGAUGCACAUAAUUUGUGCUUACUUUCUGUUUCUUUGUUUAUUUCGUCGCACUUGUAUUUCCUGUAUCAGUUCUAGCUUGGAAAAGGUGGAAGCCUCAACAAAUUUUGUUCAUUCAGUACAAUAGUUGAACUUUCUGUAACAUAUAUCGAAUCGUAAGUGUCAAAUGUUGCCAACAGUAUCUCUUGGUCUGCUGCCAUGCAUCUUGUAGCUAGGCAAUUCAUCUGUAUUGUUCAAUUGUAUUCCACUCCAAUUGUUCGAUUGUUUCUUAAUGAUAUAGGACGACGUAAUACGGUGUUUUUAGUGA